UAUUUCUUUUGUCAUUGCAAUGUCAACUGCCCUUCUUCUGUGUCUAAUCACCUUCUGUACCCAAAUUACUUCGAUUGUACCCCAAUCCAUCUCCAUCCAUCCUUUGGAACCCAUAAUCCCCCUCUUUACCUCAGUUUUACCCCAAUCCCCCUCUGUCCCUCUAUUGUACCCCUAUUCUCCUCUGUCCUAUUGCAAACUCCAAUCCCCUUCUGUUCUUUCAUUUUACACCCCAGUCCUGCUCUGUUCAUCUAUUGUACACCCAAAUCCCCCUCUGUUCUAUUGUACACCCCAAUCUCUCGCCGCUGUGCUUCUAUUGUACGCCCCAAUCCCCAUCUUUUCUUCUAUUGUACAGCCAAAUCCUGAUCUGUCCCUC